AUAUUUAUGUUAUAUAUGCAUCAUAUGAAUAACUAUGUCGUAUAUAACCCGCUUAUGUGGCUGCCUUCCCAAAGAUACUAUCCCCAGUUAUAGUAUUGCCAGAUCUUGGCAUGGUCGCUCACCAAAACUGAACGCCAUUCCGCCUAACUUGGAUGCGGUGAGGCUGUAAAAAACAGUGGAUCGUUACAAUCAUACGGAGGGGGGAGAAUCGUAUAGCCGUCGAUGUUCUAACAGGGCCCAUCUACUUUGUCAGCCUUCCCCCGCCAAGACAAGGCUACCACCACCCUACCCUUCACAAAACAAAAAAAUCGCGGGGCAGCACGUGACAACAACCUCUUUCUCACCUCCAUACUUCCCCCCCUCGUGCUCGCCCUCACAAACCCACCGGGUUACAGAGGCCAAGAUGGAGUACCUCCUCCGCUUCAUCCAGACGCACGAGACGUUUCGGUUGCCCGAAAUCCAAGCCCUCGCCGACCUGGAAGGCAUCCCCAUGGAAGUCAUCUCCUACAGCCUCGACUCCCCCUUCUGCACCCUCAAACUCCCUGAUGACGAUUCCGCCCGCCGCCUCCUAAGCCGCAGCAUCACCGCAAAAGCAAUCUACGCCCUCUGGGGCUCUGGUCCCACCUACCCCACGCUCCACGAGUCCGUCCUCGCCACAUCCACGCCCUGGUGGCCGCAAUUCCAAGGGCAGAGCUUCAAAUUCACCAUCGAUAGCUUCCAGGGGUCGCGCACCCACGCCGAUAUCUGCGAGCUCAUCAACUCCUUCGCAUACAUGUCCUUCACCGGCCCCGUGGCCCUCAAGAAUCCAGAUAUGCGCUUCUGCGUCCUCGAGGACUGGGCGUUCGACGCGCAGGCUCACGGAUCGAGUACACCGCAGCACCUCUACCUAGGGCGUCUGGUGGGGACGUCCCAGCGCGAGAUAGUGGGGAAGUACGAUCUUAAGAAGAGGAGAUAUAUCAGCACCACAUCCAUGGACGCGGAACUCGCCCUAAUCACCGCUAACAUCGCACUCGCUCGCCCCGGCGCAAUCUUCUACGACCCCUUUGUCGGCACGGGCUCCUUCCCAGUCGCAUGCGCGCAUUUCGGUGCCUUGGCAUUCGGAUCCGACAUCGACGGGCGUGCGAUCCGCGGGAAGGGGGGGAGAAAUCUGAGGGCCAAUUUCGCGCAGUAUGACCUCGCGCCGGGGUUUGGUGAUAGUUUCGUGGCGGAUUUGACGAAUAGCCCGUUACGGCCGGGACGGUAUCUGGAUGGGAUCGUGUGUGACCCCCCCUAUGGCGUGAGGGAGGGGUUGAAGGUGUUGGGGCAUAGAGAGAAGAGGGUUGGGCCUGUGUAUGAUGGUCCCGACGCGCAUCACUUGCAACCCGGGUACGUGCCACCGAAGCGGCCGUAUUCCUUCUCCGCGAUGGUAGGGGACCUCCUUGCCUUCGCAGCAGGGUCGUUAGUAGAGGAUGGGCGACUAGCAUUCUGGAUGCCGACUGCGAAUGAGGAGGAGGUGAGGCUUGAGGUGCCGGGACAUCCGGAUCUGGAGCUGUUGAGUGUGUGUACGCAGAGUUUUAAUAAGUGGUCGAGACGGCUGUUGACGUAUCGGAGGAGGGGGGAGGGGGAGGUGAGGGGGGCGUUGGUGGGGAUUGAUGGGACGAAGGUUGGGGGGGGGGAGGUGGAGGGGGGGGUGAGUGCGGAUGAGUUGAAUCCGUUUAGGAAGAGGUAUUUUGAGGGGUUUGCGGCGAAGGGGGGAGAGAAGGGUGGGUUUGCGGGUGCGGGUGUGGGUGAGUGA